GGAAGGACUCCACCAAAACAAAUCUCAGUCAUCCAAAUUUAAAAUUUAUCACAAUAAUGUUUUCUUUUCUCAUCCCAUUGUUGGAGGUUUGUCAGGUGGUUAUCGCUGCCGUGGCAUCUAUAGUCUUAUUAGGUUUAGCAGGUCUAACAUUCGCUACUUCAGCCGCGACAUUAACCGUAACCACACCGCUUUUCAUCAUAUUCAGUCCGAUUCUUGUACCAGCCACGAUAGCCACUGCUGUCUUAGCUUCAGGGUUCACGGCCGGUGGUACCCUAGGAGCGAUGGCUGUUGCUCUCAUCAGGCGUAGGAUGGGAGUAAAGCCGAGUGCGGAAAGAACUUCUUCAACUCCUUCAGUCCAACUCAAAUUGCCAAUUUAUGGUGGAUAUGGAGGAUCUUGGGGAGGAAAAACAUUUUCUGGAACAUUCGGAAAACCAUUCUCUGGAAACAUCCCAGCAUGGUUAAAAGGUACACCUGCCACCGCAAGUGGAAGUAAUCCCGCGAGUGGAGCUGCUGCACCUGCGGCUGGAGCAGCGGCACCUGCGGCCGGAGCUGCUGCACCUGCGGCUGGAAGUACACCACCUACAUGUUAAUAGAAAAUUGGUUAAGUUGUUACAACAUGUAUUAUGAUUAAUAUAUACUGUGCAGUACGUUCACUAAUUCAUAAUUUUGUGACUCGAAACUUAAAAGGAAACAAAAGCUUUCUAAAACGUUUUAUAUUAUGUAAUGUUU